CGCCGGUCUCAACUCUUCCUAGUUUCUCUUUAGACGGCGGUUGAGUCAAUUUCCAAGUAGAUUUGGAAGUCUUUCCGUAGGUACAAGCAGUAAGCUAUCUGAUAUGCCACUUGAAUUAAUAAAAGAAGUCAGUGGAGUGCCUGAAGUUGAUCUUUUAAGUAAAUUUCGCAAAGUAGAUUUCAGAUCCCUACAGCCAGGUUGUGAUUAUAGCAAGACAUAUAUCCAGGGAAAACUUUCAUAUAUCUCUUCUUUAACUUAUGGUGGAAACAGAGCAGCUGCCUUGAAGAUUGGACUGCAAGAACAAGAAAAUUCAAAUUCAGAGGUCAACACCAUCAAUGUAUUAUUUUUUGGAAAAUUAGCAAAGGACUGUGCUAAAGUUUUCUAUAAAGGGGACACCAUUGCAGUGGCUGGAUUUGUUGUUUUGACAGCAUCUGCAUCUACAAGCAGAGAUAGUAAACAUUGCUUAUUUUUGAAAGCAUCUGAAGACUUCAGAUCAACUGUUUAUGUUUAUGUUAAAUGCGUCAGAGAUUUUUCUACUGAAUCAAUGUCUUUGGUUCAAGCAACACAUUAUGUAUAUACACCCCUGAAUCAACUCAAGAGUGGCAUGAUUGUCAAUGUCUAUGGUGUUGUGAAGUUCUUUAAGCCUCCAUAUCUAAGCAAAGGAACUGGUAAAAUAUUUUUGUGUUUUCCAGAUUAUUGCUCGGUUGUAACAAUUGUGGACCAGACAAAUGUAAAGUUAACCUGCCUGUUCUUUAGUGGAAAUUAUGAAGCCCUUCCAAUUAUUUAUAAAAAUGGAGAUAUUGUUCGCUUUCACAGGCUGAAGAUCCAAGUAUAUAAAAACGAGACUCAAGGUAUUGCCAGCUCUGGCUUUGCAUCUUUGACAUUUGAGGGAACUCUGGGAGCUCCUAUCAUACCUCGUACUUCAAGCAAGUGUUUUAAUUUCACUGCUGAGGACGAAAAAAUGGUGGAAGCCUUACGUGUUUGGGCAUCUACUCAUAUUUCACCUUCUUCAACGUUAGUAAAAUUGUGUGAUGUUCAGCCAAUGCAGUAUUUUGACCUGACUUGUCAGCUCUUGGGCAAAGCACAGGUGGAUGGAGCAUCAUUUCUUCUAAAGGUAUGGGAUGGCACCAGGACCCCAUUCCCAUCUUGGAGAGUCUUAAUACAAGACUUUGUUCUUGAAGGUGAUUUAAGUCACAUCCAACGGCUGCAGAAUCUGACAAUAGACAUUUUAGUCUAUGAUAACCAUGUUCCAGUGGCCAAAUCUCUGAAGGUUGGGAGCUUUCUUAGAAUUUAUAGCCUCCAUACCAAGCUUCAGUCAGUCAAUUCUGAAAACCUGGCAACAUUUUUAGCCCUAGAGUUUCAUCUCCAUGGAGGCACCAGUUAUGGUCGGGGAAUCAGAGUCUUGCCGGAAAGUAACUCAGAUGUGGAUCAACUGAAAAAGGUUUUAGAAUCUGCAGAUUUGCCAGCCAAUCAGUCUUUUGGUGGUAUAUGUCAAUCAGAACAUGAGGACAGCUUUUCAAACAUUUCAAGCUCUGGAUCAGUAUCACUAUAUGAAGUAGAAAGAUGUCAGCAACUAUCGGCUACAGUACUUACAGAUCAUCAGUAUUUGGAGAAAACCCCACUCUGUGCUAUUCUGAAACAAAAAGCUCCUCAACAAUAUCGUAUCCGAGCAAAACUGAGGUCAUAUAAGCCCAGAAGACUCUUUCAGUCUGUUAAACUUUAUUGUCCUAAGUGUCAUUCACUGCAAGAAGUUCCACAUGAGGGUGAUUUGGAUAAAAUUUUGCAAGAGGGUGCAACCAAAACCCCAGAUAUCAAACUACAAAACACAUCAUUAUAUGAUUCAAAAAUCUGGACCACUAAAGAUCAAGGAGAACGAAAAGUAGCUGUUCAUUUUGUGAAAAAUAAUGAUAUUCUCCCAUUUUCAAAUAACUGUCUAAUUUUGAUAGAAGGAGGUACACUCAGUGAAAUCUGUAAACUCUCAAACAAGUUUCAUAGUGUAAUUCCUGUGAGAUCUGGCCCAGAGGACCUGGAAGUCCUGGACCUUUCAGCACCAUUCCUUAUACAAAGGAAAAUGCAUCACUAUGGAUGUAAACAAUGUUCUAAUCUGAGACCAAUACAAAAUCUAAAUUCCCUGGUUGAUAAAAGACCGUGGAUUCCUUCUUCUGUGGCAGAAGUACUAGGUAUUGUACCCCUCCAAUAUGUGUUUGUGAUGACAUUUACUCUUGAUGAUGGAACAGGAGUGUUGGAAGCUUAUCUUAUGGAUUCUGAAAAAUUCUUCCAGAUUCCAGCAUCAGAAGUCCUACUCAAUGACAACCUUCAGCAAAGUAUAGAUAUGAUCAUGGAUAUGUUUUGUCCUCCAGAAGUAAAAAUUGAUGCGUAUCCAUGGUUGGAGUGCUUCAUCAAGUCGUAUAAUGUCACAAGUGGAACAGAGCAGCAAAUUUGCUAUCAGAUUUUUGACACCACAGUUGCAGAAGACCUUAUCUAAUUUUGACAUUCAACUUAGCAUAUGUAAAAUAUUUUAAUUUUAGAAAACAUUACUAUUUUUUAUGAGAUUGCUAUAAAACACAUACACAAGUUAGCUCUGUAUUUUCCAUUUUAACAGCUAUCUAAAAAAAUUUUAACAAAUAGACAUUGCAUUAUCUUAACUCCCUCUUGUAAGUUAAAAAUGUUCCUGUUGCUCAAAAUACCCAGUAUGCUGGCUGCGAGGGAUAUAUAAAAGAGAGACAUCAAAUAAAUAAGGACUGUUUUCAUUUACUCUCUGCAGUCCUUUCAAAGAAGAUAUUUUGUUACCCUACCCUAAAAAAUCACUCUCCCUAUUGGUUUUUCCACAUACCAGCCACUGAUUGCUCUGCCAUCCACCAUCCCUGGUUGAGCUGCUUUUUCUGCCCUGAUUUUUACAUCAGCAGUGGUUGGUGAUUUUAGCAUGCGUAUGGGAUUAGGAAAUGUCCUUACCUUAAAUCUCUCCGCUUUUACUGCGUGCAAGGAUUUGUUUGAUUUGUUUUGUUUUUGUACAAAGGAAUCUGCUUAAACAACUACUCCUGGAAGAGGUGCUGGUCUGAGUGAGCUACAGUGUGCUUGAGAGAGUGAUUUGCUCUAAGUGGGAGUGCCAGAAUUGCUUCCUUUAGGUGUUGAUACCAACGGAGGAUAAAUCCAUUUUUUUCAGACCCGAAUUAUGUGCUUUGAUUGCUUGUUUCUCUGCAUGUUAUUGGAAGUUAUUCCAUUCCACUUCAACCUAAUCAAGUGAUCAGAUUGGCCGCGUCAGUGACUUAUUUAUAUUACCCUUCUCGUUAGAGUCUUGUAUAAACUGUGCUCAUGUUUCAGAUUGAACAUUUAAGUGUUAAAUCAGUAUGAUAUAGGCUGCUUUUUACCUGACGAGGUUUGUCAGAUUUAAAAUCAUGAACAUUCAGUUUUAUACAAAUAUUUCUGUAUAUUUGUAUAUAUGUAUAGAUUUAUAUAUGUUAUUUGCUAAGGACUGAGAGAUACAGAUCUCCCUAGUUCAAUAAUAGUAAAGAAUAAAUAAAUGCACACAUUUUAGCUGUUUUAUUUAUUUGUCCUAUCUUGAGCUGAGGCAUGAUUUGAAGUGAGGAACCAAAGCUGAUAUGUCAGUAUAGCAGCUAGUUAGGACUGCCUGCACACCAGGUACUAUUGCUAAGUAAGCACUUAACAUGUAUUUCAGUUUCAGAAGAACCCAUUUUCCUGAUAAGAAAGGCUUUUCCCUAAUCAGGAACCCCAAAUUUCAGAGGAAUUUUGUUUUUGGAGCGACACUGGACAGUAGUUCAUUGUGCCCAGAUUUGAGCCUUGUCCCCUUUGUUGUCUGUGUGAAUCUUCUCGUCAGAUAUAAAAUUACUUAAAUGUAAGAACACAGUUUGUGUACAGCCUCUUCCUCAGUUUCCAGACUCUGCAGCAGCCCUUGUUUUAGACACUCCUGGAUUGUCUCUCGUAGCCACGGCACUGUUCUGGGUGGGGAAGAGAGGGCCCGGCUUAGAAAAUCAAAGACAGUCCAUUCUUCAGAUAGAUAAUGAAAAAUCGUCGUCUCUUUCAGUGGCCACUCUCACUGUCCCCAAUUCUUUAUAACUCUCUUACGACUUCUGCCUGGUCAUGUUGCACAUUGGACGUUGUUUCUAAAUGAGUAGAGAAAGAGUGGUGUUGAUGGGCUAAAAGAAGCCAAACACAUCCGUGACUACCUGGGAGAGCAGUCUCCACACCAUGCUGGCCGCCCGGUUUUCAAAUCAGCGUAGAUGGUGUUGCCGAGCUGCUUGCACACGCAGGAAUGGGCCAGAGUCUUCCCCCCGCCCGCCUCCCAGCUGACUGCCGUUCUGAUUCCAAAGUCAGAGCAUGUGUGUGUCACUAAUGGUGACUCUCGGUCCAGCCAGUUCUCUUCUGCACUCUGGAAGCUUUCAUUGGUGUCGGGAAAAACUCUACAUCCUUCUGAUUAUUUUCAGUGUUUUGAAUUUUGACCAUGCUUUCCAUCAAGUUUUGUCUUUAUCCAGAAUUUUUUUUUAAUAAAAGUAAUAUGUACUUGUAAGAAUUUGAAACAGCAUAAAGUAUGUAAGGUUGAACUAAUGCCUGCUUUAACUCGUGCCCCAGAGGAAAGCACUUUUAACAGUUUUCUGCGUAAUUUUCCAGACUGUUUCCCUAAGAACAUGUAAGUAUGUGUACAGAUACAUUUUUAAAAUAGCAUUAUACUGUGAAUAUAUUUCUGCAACUUGCUUCUGUCACUUUGUAGAGUAGAUUUUGUUUUUUACGUCAGUACAAUUAGAGGGAGAAACUUGUUUGUAAUUGCUUAGCUUAAGAAACUUCAGUGGGGAAUUCUCUGAUUAUUUCACUUUCUAUGUUUUUGUGGUGGUUGGGGGUCUAUUUAAGUGCUCUAUUUCUUAUCAUGCCAAUUUUGGAAUUUUAUAUUUUUUAGAACAUAUUCAUGUUGUCUGUUUCAUUGAAUAGUUAUUCACAACAGUAUUAUUAUUUAGUCUGUGUUUUGUCUGGUAUUAUUUUCCCUUUAAAUAAAUCUGGAGCCCCUGGGACCUGGUUUUACUGUGUUUCCUGGAGGUUUUUCACAUGAUCAGAAUUUUUAAAGCCUGUCCAGACUUCCUGAUACAGGUUAGGACUCUGCCAUGACAUGGCUGUCUUGUAAUACUUGUUUAUGCAUUAAAGAACUCAUUGUGAAAUGAAUUAUGUUGAUGUAAGAAA